AUGUGUGGGAGAUAUGCACUUGGCGUGCGCUUAGCAUUCAUCCAGCAGCAGCUCCAGGAGCGAGGAAUGCAAGUAGAUGAAGCUCCAGAUGAUGAUGAAGUUCGCGAAACGUAUAAUUUUGCGCCGGGUAACAUUGGCGUGGUCUACCGUGCUGAAGCUCCUGACGCCAAAGAAUCCUCUGAGCAAGGCACCGAUGCGCACGAUAAGCCGCAGGGCAACACCCCCAAAGAUGAAGAACAGCCUAGCUCUCAGAACGAGGGGACUACAUGCCAAUCGCAUCCCAAAUACAAGCUUCAGGGUAUGAAGUGGGGUCUGAUUCCUUUCUGGACUAAGCGUCAGCCGGAUUACGGGUCCAUGAUGCGCACCAUCAAUUGUCGAGAUGAUUCCCUUGUGGAGAAUCGGGGAAUGUGGACAACGAUGAAACAACGCAAAAGAUGUCUCGUCAUAUGUCAGGGCUUCUAUGAAUGGCUGAAGAAGGGGCCCGGUGGUAAAGAGAAAGUUCCGCAUUUCGUCCGACGGAAGGACGGGGAUUUGAUGUGUUUUGCUGGGCUAUGGGACUGUGUCCAAUACGAAGGAUCUGACAAUAAGCUCUACACCUAUACGGUAAUCACCACAUCAUCAAACUCCUACUUGAAUUUCCUACAUGACCGAAUGCCCGUGAUACUGGAUUACGGAAGUGAUGAAAUGCGAACAUGGCUCGAUCCAGACCGGAAAACAUGGUCGAGCGAAUUACAGUGCAUCCUCAAGCCCUACCAGGGCGACCUCGAAUGCUACCCCGUUUCAAAGGACGUGGGUAAAGUCGGCAACAACUCUCCCGAUUUUAUCAUCCCGGUCGAUAGCAAAGAAAAUAAGAGCAAUAUCGCUAAUUUCUUCGCCAAUGCCAAGGCCAAGUCGGCUUCACCGAAGAAAGAGACAGAUACCAAGGUUCAUGAGGGAACACCAGAGCUAGAGAAUGCCCCACGAGGUGUCAAAAGAGAACACUCUCCCGAAAAGCCUAUCCCAGAUGAUGGGGACGAAGCCAAAAGCAAGAAGAUUCAUCAAGAUCAUGUCGGAAUCUCACCGCAGAAGGGCAGAUCAAGGAGUGCUACCCACAAUACGCCAUGGAGAAAGUCCAGCGGGUCGAAACCCACAGAUGGAUCGCAACGCAUAACGAGCUUUUUCAAGAAGUAA